UGAAAACGUCGAAAUCGGAAAGUACAACCAUGAAAAAUAUGUCGCAUGAUAUUAGAACGACCUGUUAGCGGAAGUUGACAGCAUGCAGGUGUGACGUCAGAGGGAAAACAGAAACAAGAUGGAAAACUAAGUAAGACAGGUGCGUAAUAAGCCGUGUUAUCAUGAUGAAUUCUGACCUGAUUACCCCUAAAUUUGAAGCUGAUGAUGAAGGGAGUAUGAACGACGACGAACCUGAAGUUGUCAUUAGGACAGGAAUUAACUAUUUCAAAGACUACGUGAGUGCGAAGGGACACAGUUUGCAGAGCCUGGCGAUGAUGCCGCCCGCUCAGAUUGCAGAUUAUCUGAAAGAUUUCUACACAACUAUGAAGUCACAGGACGUCGAGCCUUUUCCGUCAUCUUUGAAGUACAUAAGAACCGGCCUACAAAAGUAUUUCAUGAAGCAUCAUGGUAUAGACAUUGUGAAAGACAGAGAUUUUGUGCAUGCGAACAGUGUUUUUGAUGUCACAGUGAAACAGGUUCCAAGGCGGUGUCACAGACUCCGGAUAGAAUUCGAAGAUUUGAGAAAACUGUACAUGGGUCCAGCUCUGGACCUCGAUCAGCCAGAUACCUUGCAGAACAAAGUCUUUUUUGAUGUCAAUUUGUACAUUUGCAAUCGUGGAAAAGACUUUCUAAGAGUGAUGUCGAAAUCUGACUUUGAAGUUGCAACAGAUAUGGAGGGUAGACGUUAUGUUUGGCUGAAGUAUAAUUCCAAAUUUAGCUUUAAAGAAUUGAUUGGAGGGCUGAGCGAGAACGACUCGGUCAUCCAUGGGAAUCAGAUAGGGGAACGCAUGUAUGAACGCCCAGGUGAUCCUAAAUGUCCCGUGGCCUCAUUCCUCCAGUACUUAACACAUCUCCACCCAAUGACAGAGGCUUUCUGGCAAAGGCCGAAGCGGAACUUUGUCUCUGAGGACUACGUUUGGUACGACAACACUCCACUGGGAAACAGCACAAUCAGCAAAAUCAUGACCCGUACUUGUCAGAUGGCAGGGUUGUUCGAGAACUACACAAACCAUGCCAUCAAGAGUACAUACGUACCGGUCAUAGAAAACAUCUGCCUGGAGGCGGCCAGAAAGUCGCAGAUGGAGGGGAGCAGGAACUCCCCGCCCCUUCAGCAGCGGAGACAGGUCUCAAGGACCGACUCAGGGAUUGGGGAGGGGUCAGUGUGCUCGGACUUCAAGGAUGGCCAGACAGAUGACCUUGAUGAGGCUAAAGAUGGACUACGCCAGGCUAAAAUGAAAGUCCUGGAUGUUGUUCACGGCCUGGAGGUGAGGGAUAUCCGUACUUUUGUGGAAUGGCUGAAGACCUUUAGGGUGGAGUAUGACGGAGGGGGUCUGAUGGUUAUGUGUAGCCCAGUGGACCAAAACAACAGUGAAGUCAUCAAACCAAAAAUAGACCUGGGUCUUGUAAAUGGGGACAGACUGAGAGAAUACUCCCCCACUCCUCCUCUAAAGAACAAGUCUGGAUCCCCAUCUCCCAUGGUUCUUAAAAAUAUUGAUCCCCUGUCCAGGCUUUCCCACCAGGACAGUAGAGAAAAACUGAUGGAGGAUCGAGCAGAAGAUCUAGGGGUAGCUGUUAAGCAGGUGGAUUUUGAGUGUGUGAACAACACAUACUGCUCCACAUCUAGCAUAGAUCCUCUGAAGAUCACAGUACCCAGUGAAAAUUCCGUCCUUCUGUCUGCAGUUUCUGACAAUGUCCAGGUUCUUGUACACAACAAAGACUCACCUUCAGUCAUUCCUGAGCCAUUGAAAUCCCGAAUCUUUUAUUCCCAGCAUGAGAAAGAUGUGGCUGUUUUGUCCAUUCUGAGCAACAAAGAAGGCACCAGCAAAACAGCCAACGCUUCAGCUGCAGCCGUGUCUGAGAAGGUAGACUGCUCUAAAAUACUGCAAGAUAAACACAAGCCAGUAAAGAAGAGAAGUCUUACAGACUUGCAUGCUGGGAUACCUAGGGAGGAAUAUGAAAUGCCCCCCAGAAAGCAGCCAGCCAUGAGUACCAUUCCUCCUUUGAUUCCAAAAUGUCAGCAGACAUCCGAGUUUAAGCCCACUUCUAUUUACAACGUCCCAAUGCUUAGCCAGGUGCCCCUCUAUGACCGGUUACCGAGAUCCAGGAACAUGCCAUUUGCCCCGGUUCACAGGAGUCACAGUAGUCCACUGAUUACAUUUGCAAACAGUGCUCCUUCCACGGUGUUGAGAAACCCUGGUGAAAAUGGAGAUAUCAAAAGGGAACAGAACAAAUAAUGUCAGAAUUUUCAUAUGAAAAAUACAGAAGAAAAAAAUGAACACGUGAGCCAGUAUCUGUGAAGGUUGACGUGAACUAAUCACAAACAAUAUAGUGAUGAAUGCUGAGGUUUAUCAGAGCAAAGGUUGUUGGUGAAAGAACAUUUAUAAUUACUGUUAUAUUUUAUAUUAAUUUUAGGUUAAAGUUUAAUUCUUGCUAGAUUGCCAUGCAUUAGAAAACUGGUAUUUGACUGGUUCAGGAUUUGAGUAGGCCUCGUGUCUGGUAUUGUACAUCAGAUCGUGAAUUUAUGUGAAUUUUUACCUGCAUGUUUUCAAACAAAAUACACUGUAAAUGUGUUUAAAAGUCUUGCUUUGAUAUUUCUAUAUUGUUGGGUUUUACAAGACAUACAUAUAAAAAUGUGUGAGAUAUCUUUUUUAAAAUCACCUCUAUUAACAACUUUUGCUGUUUCUUGUUUGUUACAUGUAUCUCUCUUAGCAGAGGAUGAAAAAAUCUUGAGGGUUUAGGACCUUGCAAAGGACUAUGUUGGUCAAACUGAAAGUUCAUUGUACCUUUGAAAUCUUAAUUUGUAGCAGGAAAAUUGUUUGUUUGCUUAUAAUGAGCAAUUUGCUAUGUAAAAAGAUUGUGGUAUUCAUAUCCAAUGGAUUCAGGUCUCAGGCCCCUAGAAGCAGCUUAGUUUAGUUUAUACCUUCUUGAUGAAAAACCCUCUAUCAAAAUUGUAAAUUAUAAAUAUCUAGGUUCAAGGCUCAGGCAAAUGACUCCAGAGAAGGCUGAGUUGAUCAUAUAUUAGAAUAUUUUACAUUUGAAAAAUUCUCCAUUCUUAAAAUUCAGCUAAGCAAACUGUAAGAUAAUGACAUUUAGCUAUGAGGCUCAUCCGAAUUUGUAAAACCCAUGUCUCAUCAGGGAUCAAGAAACUUGCAGGUGACUGUGAAAGACAGAGCCUCUUGUAUAAAAAAGAAAAUUAUGGUGGGUUUUUGUACUGUUAAAGAAGUGACAUGAUCAUUAUGUAAAUCAUCUUUACAUAUACUCAAGUUUUCAUCUUUAUGAAUUCUUGAGAUUUUUAAUUCACUUAGAGAUUUCAAAUAUUGCAUUUUUUUUGAUACUGCAACAGUUAUUUAUUAAAAUGGUUUUGUAAAUAAAAAAUCUUGCAUAGAGCAAGUGUACAUAUGAAUUGCUCAUUUAAUGUACUAAGAAACGUUCUUGUUUUCAAUAUGUAUGUGCAGAUAUAUAAAACAUUUGUAGAUAACCAUGUUUUUCAGAUAUGUAGAUAUUUAACAGCUUGCCUUAUACUGUGUACCUUAGGUUGAAGCCCUGUUGACUGUUAGUAUAUGAUACCUAGUGGUUUUCUAUUGAGUGUGCUAUAAUAUUUAGCAAUUUUCAGAAUUUAAUUAAUCAGCCUGUUCUAUUGCUAGGUAUUACUUAAACACUUUUAUUGAGGUAAUGAGUGUCAUAUUUGUUUGCUUGUCAUGAAAAUAUACUUGUAAUUACAAAAUAUUCCUUAAUGGUUGAUAAUGAUUUACAAACGGUCAAUAACUUCGACAUACUUUUUAAGAUUUGUAAAUUCCAUACCUUUUAGAGUUUUAAAGCCUUUAGAAAUUAGAUGAAGAACUCUGAUGUUAACGAAGAACUGUGAUGUCGUAUCCAUGGUAACACAAAUCUGACAUUCCAUAACAUUUUUUUUUGAUAGUUAUUGGACAUUUGUUACAUGUAUGUACAUAGAAAUAUCAGCUAUUCACUUGUCACUUUAAAGGUUAGAAUUGUUAAAGGUUGAUCAGUAGACCUACCCGGUGAAAAUUAUCCAUUAACUGAAACUUUUUGAAUAUUAAGAUUUUAAGAGGCCAAUUGUGUUUCAUUAGGAUGGUAAAUUCAUGGCUUCAUGAAUUAGCCUGUUCUGGUGCAUAUAUAUAUGUCCCAAUAUAAUCAUCAUAAACAGCCUAUUGCUACUCAUUCCAAGUUCAUAAUGUUAAUUUGUUUUGAUGGGACAUUAAUGUAUUUAAAAGACAUCAUUGUUUAAUCCAUUAUAUAUAUUUGUCCAUACACUAUUCCCGAAACAGUACUUUCCCCCAAAUUUGUCACUGUAAAAGAAAAAGAAUAUAUUUUUUUCUAUUUCUACUAAAGAUUCCUUGAAGCAAACUGUUGUUUGUUCACAUUUAUUUCAAGACAAUAUCUGAAAGAUUGGAAAGGUAAAUAAGGAAAGGAAUAUAGAAGAAAAUGACAUAAAAAAAAAUUGACAUUUAGCUUUUACUUCAUCCUUUUGACUAUUUUCAGUAUUUUAACUUAUUGAGGAAUGCAUAGUUUCUUGCAUUUAUAAGAUGUCUUUCAAAUUUAUUUCUUUGCUUUCACAGAUGCCCUUCUAAAUUUAUUAAGUGUACCAGUGAUUCCUGUUUUGACACACACAGUUUUGGCUUACAAAAUUUUAAGAUUGUUUGCUAAAAUUGUGUCUAGUUAUUGCUAUUGUAACACAACUAUUGAUUGUUAUUUCUAAUGCUGUGAUAUUUCAACUAGAAAAGUUCUGAGAUGAAAAACAAUAACAAAAAAGUUUUCUGAUCACAACAUAUUUUUAGAAGCUUACUAUAAUUGAUAUUUCAGAUGUGUUAUAAAUUAUAUAUUGUACAAUGAAUAUUAAACACCCCAUGCCUUUGUUUGUUGACUGUUUUGUGAUUGUUGAUUAUGAUGUACUUGUACAGUGUUGGUUGAUAGUUUUUCAUGGUACUUGCUAUAUUUUGUACACUUGGUACAGUUGUAGUUAUGUGCAUCAACUAGAGUGCUUGUAUUCUAUGCCAAAUUGUCUUGUAACAUCUUUUGUUUUAUAUGAUGAUUAUUAAAUAUUUUUGUUGUUACAUUGUACCAGUUGUAAAGUCUCUAUAGACUUGUUUUCAUGGCUAGAUGUAAUAUUGUCUCAUUGUUUUAUACAUGUUUAUUAAAAGCCUUCUCAAAA